AUGCAGCGAUUUGUUCACUUCUUCGUUAUAGGACUAACUCUAGCUCUUGCAGAUCACUUUGAGGAAGAGUUACUCGUUAGGGACUUGGGUAAUGGCUUCUCUGGAUUCCACUUCAAUCUUGUUACUCGCAAAACUACGAGUGGUGAACCUUACAGUGUUGACAAAUCUUGGGCUUAUUUUCUUGAGGCCCUUUCUGGUCAAUUCUGUGCCUCAUUAAGUCAACUUGGCUUACCUCACAGCUACAUAUCACCAUUAAUGUCUUAUCGCCCCUCUGGCCUCACCCAGCAGCUUACUUUUAACAAUGCCUCCGAGAUAUUCCGUUACGCCCAGCUUCCUCACGAAGAAGUUUGUACAGAAAAUCUCACUCCUUGGUCAAAAUUGUUGCCUUGUAAAAAAUUAGGUGGUCUUGCCAGUAUGCUCAAACCCAAGUCGAUUUUUAAGGCUGCUUACAAUGCUAUGUAUAUUGGCGUCCGAAGAGUUUGUUCAGGUUCUCAAUGUAAACAAUCAUCAUUAGAAUUAAGGCAGUCUCUGACAUUUGUAUUUGAUCGGCGUUACUCAUAUAGCUCUGUUCAAGAGUCGUGGUCACUUACAGGUCUUCUGGGUGGCCGGAUUAACAAGUCGUGCCAAAUUGCACGUCGAAGUGAAAUCAUAAUUCUUCAUUCUCAGUCACGUCUUGAUUUGAAACCUUCUGGAUCAUCCUCGUUAGUCAGUUGGGACAGUCAUCGAGUACUCGCAGUCUACACACCUGCACAUGACUUUGCCAACGACCUCACCAUAACCUCUGUUCCUCCUGUUGAAACAUCACGAUUCUCGACUGGGACGGGGGAUAGUAUCUCCGUCAUGAAAUAUGCCACAGGGAGGGGCGAUAUUGAUGGCGGGGUGCGAAUUGAACUGUGCAAUCAUUUAAGCCUUCCAACGCGUGCCAUUUUACUUGAUUCCUCUCCUUGGUAUGCUGAGAUCUACUUCAGUAGUUUGUCUGUCGCCUACCAAUCUGAGAUGAAUGACGCCCCAAUCAACAUGGCACCAGAUAGGGUAAUAUUCCAGCCCAGCGUUCAGCUAGAGCAGAUGGCCUUUUUGGAGCUUCUGCUUACUCUUCCUUCGAGAGCUUGCGUCACUGUUUCUUAUGCUUUCAAGAAGAUUCUCAUGCAUUGGAAUGAAUACCUCCCCGAUGCGAAUCACGGCAUCUUCUUGCCUGCCGCUACUGUCAUUUACCAGCUCUCCCCUGACCAACUCAACCGACAGCGGGCUGCCAGCAACCCUAUCACCUGGGAGUUGUCGUUGCCUCCACGGGCCAGCACUUACGCCGAAUACCUUUCUGCCGUUAAUCACACGGAGCUUGAGAUAGGCGAGGGUUUUGUGCGGCUGUACUCCGAGACGCCACUCAUUCGCCUCCCCGUGCCCGAUUUCAGCAUGCCGUUCAACGCCCUCUGCUUGGUCUGCUCCGUGGUCGCAUUGCUCUUCGGCGGAGUGCACAAACUCACUACUUCAGCCAUGGUACCCGUGAUUGCCGAGGGUGAUGAGGAAGUAGUCGACAAACCCCCCAUCGUUCGGCUCUGCCAGAAGUUGAAAGCUGUACUUCGGACAAAGCUGGCGGCAGCUCAGCAGACUUGUCGAAUCGGUGAGCCCCUCCAUGACCCUCAGAUCCACCGAAAUAUGCAGACCACGAGAAUGGAACACUCUACCUUCUAUCUUACCACGGUCUCAGAGGCGCCACCCACACUAUAG